UGGCUUGAUGGUACAAAUAACACAGAGGACUAUGGAUGGCUUGCGGCUGCUCUACGAGAACAAAAGAUUUUAAAAUUACAUGUGGGAAAGUUGAUGCUGUAGGACCUAAGAGAGUAUGUGGAUAUCUGCUGGGUAGAUUCUGAAGAAAAUGGAACCAAAGGUGUUAUUAGUUCAGUGGAUGGGAAUAUCAUUACAAGGAUUUCCAAGUGAAAAAAUAAGACUGGAAGCAGAUUUUGAAACCGAUGAGAAAACUGUAAAGUGUACAGAGGUGUUCUACUUUCUUAAGGACCAGGAUUUAUCUGUUUCAGCAACUCGUUAUCAGUUUGCAAAAGAAAUAGCCAUGGCUUGUAGUGCUGCACUGUGCCCUCACUUGAAAACUCUAAAGAGAGACAGGAUGAAUAAAAUUGGUCUCAGAGUUUCCAUUGACACUGAUAUGGUUGAAUUUCAGGCAGGAUCUGAAGGCCAACUUCUUCCUCAACAUUAUUUAAAUGAUCUUGAUAGUGCUCUAAUCCCUGUGAUCCAUGGUGGGACCUCCAACUCUACUAGUUUACCACUAGAAAUAGAAUUAGUAUUUUUCAUUAUAGAAAAUCUUUUUUAAUGAAAGAUAUGAAUCAUAUAUUGCAUACUAAUUUGUUAAAACUAAAUUCACUAAAGCUGAAAUGCCACAAACACUAAAUGUUUGCUAUUUGAAACAUGUAAGUUUUGCUUUUAGGCAGGAAAUUAUCUUUUUUAAAUCAUUAGCACAAUAUUUAAAUCUCUAAAAAUUUAAGAGACCCACAGUUUUUGAAGCUUUGACUUAAUACAAGUACUAAGAUAAGGAUUUCUUCUAUCUUUAAUAAAUUUGUAGCAUUUACUGUGUUAUUUAAAUGCAAAGCCAAGUAUCUGCAUUUAUUUAUACCUCGUUAUGCCAAGAAAUGACUUUAAUGAAGGCUCUUUCAGGUGUAACCUUAUGAGAGGGAAAUAGCUGUUACAUAUGCCAGUACAGGUCCUGGUUUCUAAAGUCUGUUAAAAAUGAAUUUCAGGACAGUUUUCAGAUCUUAGUCUUAUAUGAUGAUUCUUUGAGUAAGGCAGAUAACUUAUUUAUAUAAUUGGAGUGGAGACCUACUUCCACGAUUAGAAUAAACUCUGAUUAUUUGGAUUAAAAAUCAGAAUUUUGCCUUUUUUCUUCUCAAAUUAUUAUAUAUAUAUAUGUUUUUUUUUUCUUGAUUAAAUGGGUAUUCUUAAAAUAAUUGUGGGUGCUUCAGAAUUUUGUGCUUCUAUAUUUAAGUACAUUGUUUUAUAGCAAGAACAUGUGAUUCAGUAUGUGUUUUAUAAGUCUAAUAAUUUAUAAAUAGGUAAUAUUUUUGUAUUGCAGUGCAUUAUUUUCCUCUUUUCCUUCAAAAUAUACCCCACAUUAUUUACCACUUCUAAGAGGGAUUGACAACAGGCCAUAUGACCCUUGAAGUAGUCAUUAUGUAGCAAUAAAUGAAGCCUAAAACAGGCUUUUUUAACUUCUCCUUUAAAUCGUAGAACUUUGUUGGCAAGUCUGCAUAUUUUCAUCGACACCAAUGUAUUAAAUACACACUUUAAUGAACUAAUUACUUUUGCAUAUUUUAAAUUCUUUAUAUGGUAGUUAUUUUUAUAACAGGAUAUUAACAUAAGUUAAAUUCUAUGUAUUUGAAACUUACAGAACCUUCCUCUUCAAACAGCAAAAUUUUAAGAAGUAUGUUGUGUUAAAAAAAAGUGUAGGGGGAUGUUUUAGUUCUGUCAUUUACAUUAUAUAAAUAAAAUACAACCAUUAUUUUGAUGCUUUUUUAAUUCUUAUAUGAUAUAUGUUUUUGUAUCAAAAACACUCAUUGUAUAUCUCAAGAAAAAGAAACUACACUAAAUAGCCUUGAUGUAAGAAAAAUACUUAUGAAGCAUCUCAACUUGAAGACCAAGUCAGGGUUAUAACUCAGGAUCUGAGGUCUCAGGCUAGGAGAGACUGAGAAUUUUACUCCACUGGUCACAUGGUUGUACUGAAUCAGCAUCUCUAGUACUAACCAAAAAUAUCCUGUGAAGGAGAUUAUCAGUCUUCUGGAAGUAGCUACUUAAUAAGCAAUGUAAAAUGUUGUGGCUAUUAAAUAAAAUGGCAACACAAAGUAACCUGUGAAA